GGGGCUCGCGCGGCAGAAAAGCGGAGGAGCAGCCAGACCCCGGCGCUGGUCACCGCACCGGGGACGGUAAGUGUGGGAGAACAGCCCUGCAUUUCUGCUGACGGGUCAACGUCACAGCGUCAAAGAAAAGGAAGGUACAUUUCAGCUGAACUGAUCAAGGAAGAAGAUGGUUUAUUCCAACUGUGAAAGUAAAGAACCUGAUUCAGUUUCUGCAUCCAAUCACCUGUUACUAAAUGGGAAUGAUGAAUUGGUGGAGAAAAGUCACAAAACAGGGCCUGAGAACAACCUGUACAGCCAGUACGAGGAGAAAGUGCGGCCCUGCAUCGACCUCAUCGACUCACUGCGGGCCCUGGGCGUGGAGCAGGACCUGGCCCUGCCCGCCAUCGCCGUCAUCGGGGACCAGAGUUCGGGCAAGAGCUCCGUGCUGGAGGCCCUGUCAGGGGUCGCUCUCCCCAGAGGCAGCGGAAUUGUGACAAGAUGCCCUCUUGUGCUGAAAUUGAAAAAACUCGUGAACGAAGAAGACGAAUGGAAGGGCAAAGUCAGUUACCGGGACAGCGAGAUUGAGCUUUCAGAUGCUUCGCAGGUGGAAAAGGAAGUCAGCGCAGCCCAGAUUGCCAUCGCUGGGGAAGGCGUGGGAAUCAGUCAUGAGCUAAUCAGUCUGGAGGUCAGCUCCCCUCACGUCCCAGAUCUGACCCUCAUAGACCUUCCUGGCAUCACCAGGGUAGCUGUAGGCAAUCAGCCAUACGACAUCGAAUACCAGAUCAAGUCUCUGAUCAAGAAGUACAUCUGUAAGCAGGAGACCAUCAACUUGGUGGUGGUCCCCUGCAACGUGGACAUUGCCACCACGGAGGCGCUGCGCAUGGCCCAGGAGGUGGACCCCGAAGGAGACAGGACCAUCGGGAUCUUGACGAAGCCGGAUCUGGUGGACAAAGGCACUGAGGACAAGAUAGUGGACGUGGCGAGAAACCUGGUCUUCCACCUGAAGAAGGGCUACAUGAUUGUCAAGUGCAGGGGCCAGCAGGACAUCCAGGACCAGCUGAGCCUGGCCAAGGCCCUGCAGAAGGAGCAGGCCUUCUUUGAAAACCACGAACAUUUCAGGGAUCUUCUGGAGGAAGGGCGGGCCACGAUCCCCUGCCUGGCAGAAAGACUGACCUCUGAACUCAUCAUGCACAUCUGUAAAACUCUGCCCCUGUUAGAAAACCAAAUAAAAGAGAGUCACCAGAAAAUAACAGAGGAGUUACAGAAGUAUGGCUCCGAUAUUCCAGAGGAUGAAAGCGGGAAGAUGUUUUUUCUGAUAGAUAAAAUCGAUGCAUUUAAUAGUGAUAUCACUGCUUUGAUACAAGGAGAGGAACUGGUGGUGGAGUACGAGUGUCGGCUGUUUACCAAGAUGCGAAAUGAGUUCUGCAAAUGGAGUGCUGUGGUUGAAAAGAAUUUCAAAAAUGGUUAUGACGCCAUAUGUAAACAAAUCCAGCUCUUCGAAAAUCAGUGGGGGAGAGAGUUGCCAUUUGUGAAUUAUAAGACAUUUGAAACCAUCAUUAAGAAGCAGGUCAGUGUCCUGGAAGAGCCAGCCGUGGACAUGCUGCACACAGUGACUGAUUUAGUCCGGCUCGCCUUCACAGAUGUUUCAGAAACAAAUUUUAAUGAAUUUUUCAACCUCCACAGAACUGCCAAGUCCAAAAUUGAAGACAUUAAAUUAGAACAAGAAAAAGAAGCUGAGACGUCGAUCCGGCUCCACUUCCAAAUGGAGCAGAUCGUGUACUGCCAGGACCAGGUCUAUCGGGGCGCGCUGCAGAAGGUCAGAGAGAAGGAGGCGGAAGAAGAAAAGAACAGAAAAUCAAACCAGUACUUUCUGUCGUCGCCGGCCCCCUCCUCAGACCCCUCCAUAGCCGAGAUCUUUCAGCACCUGAUUGCCUACCAUCAGGAGGUCGGCAAGCGCAUCUCCAGCCACAUCCCUCUGAUCAUCCAGUUCUUCAUCCUCCGGACCUUUGGGCAGCAGCUGCAGAAGAGCAUGCUGCAGCUGCUGCAGAACAAGGACCAAUACGACUGGCUCCUGAGGGAGCGCAGUGACACCAGCGACAAGAGGAAGUUCCUGAAGGAGCGGCUGAUGCGGCUGACCCAGGCUCGGCGCCGGCCCGCCAAGUUCCCAGGCUGAACCGGGCUCUCCAGGCGGCCCGGGGUCUCCAGGGCACGUCUCCAGGCAACGAGGACCAACCUCCUUCCCUAACAGACUAGCAUCAUGAGCUCCUGUUUCGCACAUCCUCCUGUGGUUAGUAGACUCUAAAGCCACCGUCCCUGCUGUUAGUGGCUGAGGACUUAGCAAGAAGCUGUGAUAAGCACGCUGGCUGCAAGCAUCAGGCCAUUUACUUGAAUGAGCCCCGCCAACGCUUCCGCCUCCCGCGCCUCUCUCCAUCCCUCUCUCCAUCCUUCUCUCCAUCCCUGUAUAGGAUACUGGUCCCCGCAUAGCAUCAUAGAAGGGUCAUUCUGGUUUCUGUACAAGCCUUUCACGCCCAAUGUCUUAGGGGCAUUACAGCCACCUGUGUGGAUGGAUGCACAUAGAAGCCUAUUUCUUUUAUUUGUAAUAAACUUGGUUCUACCAGCCGUU